UGGGCAGUUUCCCAAUAUGGCCGCACGCUAGCAAGGAGACGUUAUGGUGAGGGCAGGAAAACCAUGUCCUACUGAGGAGUAUUAUGGCCGAUGUUGGCGACAGAGGAAAAUAUAAGAAGAAGAUUAGAAAAGUGUUCCAUAAGCCUGAUCGUGAAUUUGAGACGUUUUUACCUGACACCAUGCGUGCCCCAGUGAUACACGUGCUUGGAAAGCCACCAUCAGACUUCAAGGGGGGCUCCAGCAACUCCAACAACUACGAGCAUCCACACCCACAUGGCUGGGAGAAGCGUGGGGGUGGUCGCUACCAUGACGAGUGGGAGAAGAGAGGCAGCCUGGGGGGAGGUGGAGGGACGGGCGGCGUUCUCAGGAUCAACGAGGGCGCCAGGAACUCCAUCUUCUCCGGGGAUGCUGGUCGUCCUCCUGGAAGAGAGGGAGAGAGCGAGGAGCCGCCACCAUCUGGGGUAGUCACGCCCACCCCGGUCAUCCUCUCUCGGGCCCGCAGCAGCAGUGAACAGCGCGCCACCUCCCCCAAUGCUGCUGCAGUAACGGCCAGGAAAGACUCUGCUCCUGUUGUGAAUCCUGGUAGCAGCGCCCCAACUAGCCAGCAGUAUCAUAUCAGCCCCAAGCCCCUCAUGAUGGAAGCCUCGCUCAAUCCUGAGAGGACGAUGAAGGGUCCGCUGCGCCUGCUGGACGAGAGCCUCAGUCUGUGUGAUGACCUUGGCCCUUACCUGCUGGACCAAAGCAACUUCCUCGUGGUGGCUGUCAUGGGUCUCCAGGGCGUGGGGAAGUCAUCCCUCGCCUCCCUCCUUGUUGAUCCUAACAUCAACAUCCACAAGAGCCGGUCGUGCACAUUCCGACCAGAGAGUUUGGAGCAAGUCAUGUCAGCCUGCCACGGGACUAAUGGUAUUGAGAUCUACAUCACCACGGAGCGCCUGAUGAUCCUGGACUGCCAGCCCCUCCUCUCCUCCUCCAUCAUGGACAAACUUAUCACCCAAGAAAAGAAGUUCACCUCUGACUAUAACUCUACUGAGAACCUGAUGGAGGUGGAAUCCCUUCAGGUCCUGACUCUUGUGAUGAGCAUUGCCCACGCUGUGCUGCUGGUUCAGGACGCUGCGGCAGACCCAACCCUCAUCCGCCUCUUGCAGACUUGUGAGAUGAUGAAGCCCUCCUCUUCCUCCUCAACAUCCUCCUCCUCCUCCUCCUCUGCCAACUCUUCUGCCGCUGAGGACACCCAGCAGUACUUCCCCCACGUGGUGUUCGUGCAUAACCGCGCACCUCUCCAUCACUUCACUCCAGCAACACUCAAGAAGCUGCAGGGCGUUUACCAAGAGGCAUUUUUGGGGUCAUGCCUGGAGAGCGAGAGCCGCGUCGGUAUCUGUAACAGCCUCACGUACACCCCACUGGCCCAGACGUCUUGUGGCAGCCUCGUCAACCUCUUCUUGCUGCCAGACCUCAACCACAAAGAUCCCAGUCCUGUUGUAUCAUUCCACGAGGCCAUGCUUGAGAUGCGGAGACAGGUGUUGGGCUUGCGCCGUCUGCCUCUCACCCAUCUCACCUUAACAGAGAAGUCCUGGUACCAGUACGUAUGCCGCACCUGGGAGAGUGUGCGCAAGUGGAGUCUAUUCGUGGAGUACAGCCGCCUGCUGCCUUGAGCGGUGCUGGUGCUUGUAUGUGGACAUCUGCCUAGCACCAUCACCCACACUACCUGGGUGUCGUGCCACAAGUGACGCCUGGCGCCAUUCUCUGGCGCGCUCUGCCCCCCCUCCCUCCGUGGGACUCACAGCCAGUCGGCCCCGCCCUGCUCCUGCCCCUCCCAUACCCGACAGCUUGUGCUGUGGGAAUGGGGUCAUUAUUCUGAUGGGGGUCAGUGUGCACGUGGGCAUCGUGCCCAGCUGUGGGAGUGGCACUGCGUCGUAUGUUGUUUGGAGCUGCAGUCCCUGGUCAUUGUCACCUUGGGUAGCAGUAGUAACUGGCCCAGCUGCUGUGUUGGGUCUCUCCAGGUUGCAUUGUUCUUUGUGUGGCUACCCAUUACAGUGCUUCCUCACUCCCUUGGGCGUUGUGUCAUAACACUACUUCUAGGGAUUGUCCUGGAGGACGUGUGCUCCAGAAAUAAGAACAGCGGAGAUGUUGGAGCAACAAGCACACGCCAUGAGGAGUGAGGCACCACAGUAAUGAGUGAACCACGACAAAAACUUUAGUAACUACAUGCCUGACCUCACCACAUCAGGUCGUUUACGUCAUGUUAACAUAAGAGUAAGAGUGGAAUAGCUGACUCUGUCAGAGUCUGACAUUGAAUGAAUAUAUAUUAAAAGAUCAUGGGUAAGUAGAGGCCAUAUUUUAUAUGCUGAGCAUCAUGUGCAUUUAUGUUAAUUCCAGCAUUUUCUGUUCUGUCAGGUUUGUGAAAUCCUUGAUAAGGUAAGCCUCUAAAUCUAAAAGCAGUGUGUAUGCAUAAUAUGCUUGUCGGGUGUUGGGUGUGAGUGAGCGAGUGAAAGUACGGGACAAAAUAGAAAUAUUCCUUUAAAAGAAAAGAAACAAAAAAAUUUUUUUUUUAACUACUUUAAUGUCAUAACUAACCAGGGAAAAUCUGUUACUCUGUCUUUUAAAAGUUGACUCAUGUUUCAUGACAUUUGGCAGUAACAUUUUUUUUUUUUUACUGGGUGAUCUAAUUCUUACUGUUAGUUGUCUGUUUUCUCUUUCUUUUGUCACAAUAUUUGUUUCCAACACACACACUCACACACACACUCACAGAUCUCCAUAGUGCAAUGGUUAGCACGCUCUCCUCACAACUGAGAGGUCAUGGGUUCCAUUCCCAGGCAGAGUGGAGACAGAUUGGCAGUCUCCUUAAUCUGUGCUGCCUGUCCAGCCAGCAGGGAAUGGUUACUGUGUGUCAGUCCAGCCAGCAGGGAAUGGUUACUGUGUGUCAGUCCAGCCAGCAGGGAAUGGUUACUGUGUGUCAGUCCAGGGUUAUGUCCUGCCUCCUGGGUGUGGUGUGACGUGAGGUUCCAGCCAUACCUGACGACAAUCACCUGAGCCUAAGUCCAUUCAGGGAGGGUAUUGGCUGGUGAUUGUGAGUCCAGCACAUGAUCAGACCAUGGGGAAUGACACACACACACACACACACACACACACACACACACCAAGGUUAUGGGUAACUUGUUUGCUUUUAAUUUUUUCUCUACUGAUAUAUUUGUGGUUAUUCAUAAUUCAGAUUAGUUUCUUCUGUAUGAUAUAAUGAAAUAACAAAGAAUACAGGGGAUUUCCAACAUUCAAUAACUACAAUAAAUGGCCAGCAUAUCAAGAAAUCAUGCUCUCUCUCUCUCUCUCUCUCUUUAAAAAAACUCUCCUAUCUUUCUCAUCCAUGGCCUUUCCUGCAGGGGCUGAGUUGGUGAGUCCGAAAGGCUUGUCAUGUGCAGAUCAUCAUCGUGUAGGAAGGAUCCAGCCCGUUACCUAAGCCUUCAGUAAUGUAGGAGCUACUUCCCUUUCAAGCACCUCAUAUGACUUUCAGUGCAGUGCAGUUAUAUGUAUUCUUAAUUACCGUGUCUCCCAGUCACAUAAGUCCAGUAAUUACCACGGGAUAGCUACUUGAUGGAGGUGCAUUGUGAUCAUUACAACUUAUUGUGGACUGUGUUAUACUUAGUGUUUGCCUACAGAUUUCUUGUCUAUCUUUGAUCUCCUUCUGAUACUUUCAAGACGUGAGACAGCCUCAGGAGACCCUGUAGGGGUUGCUGCAGUGAUGAUCAUUGCACAAGCAAAACACUGAUGGCUAAUUUGUCUCACUCACUACAAAAAUCAUAUUUUUAUCAUACUCAUUUACAGUUUUAGUCAGUUAGUAUACUUACAGGAAUGCAGAAAUGUUCUGUAAACUGUUUUGAUUCAUUGCAGGACCCUUCAACAUAAUAUAUUCCUUGAUCCUUUUCAAAUCCUGUGACCCCAAGUGGAACUAACAAUACAUAAUGUUUCCUGUUUUGAUGAUAGAUGGUUUUAUUGCAUACAACAGGUCGCCCAUUCAGCGGACUGACGAGCCAACAGAUGGUUUGAUGUAUUUGUCAACAGCUGCCUGUUAUGCAAUAAAACAAGGACCUCCUCCUUUAUGAAGGGCUUUGUUUACAAUACAUUCCCCCGUGCAGUGGUGUUAGCAGCCUCUUAUAUCAGGUUAUUACCAUUUUCAUCUAGGAAAUAUUACACAUCAUCAAGAUUAGAAAGCUUUCCUCCUACAUUUUCAUUCAUUCACUGAUCAACAAUCUCCUCAAGAACAAUUUACAUCAUUAAUUUGCUGUACCUGUUUGCCCCCAAAAGAUGCAGGGUAGCUCUUGCCUGUGUUGGGUGGAAACAUCCAUCACUGGUGCCCCUGUGGCAGUCUUCUGUUUGUGAGUAUUAAGUCACAAGGUUACACUUUGCCCCUAACAGCAGUGUUGGAGAGUUAGUGCUCUGGCCAUUGUUGUUGGGCUGUAUGCCUUUAUUUGCCUUGUUUUGGAGUUGUUUAAUCUCUUCAAAUCUUUUCUGGUAUACAGUGAACUAAUUACUGCUGUCUUGAUAGCCACCUCAGUUAUCCAUCAAUUGAUCGUCUUUACAAAACAGCAUUUUGGUCAGGAACAUCCCUGGUAUGAAACCAUAUAUCAGUCCUACAUGUGCAUUGCAAUAACGGAGUUCAUGGAUUCACAUAAAAUAGAAAGUAAGUGCCUGAUGCUAUGUUAGUGUUUUUUUUUUUUUUUUUUUUUUUUUUUUUUUUUAAGUAAGAGUUGAAAGAUCAUUAAUUACAUUACAAAGAGAGCAAACUCACCAUUUAUGCCUAAUUUUUAAUAAAUCUUAAGUGCUUUUCCCACAUUUCAAGCUAUUCGGUGUUCAUUAUACUAUAUUGUGUUUAAUUUAUGUUUCUAUUAAUGUACUUAUGUAUAUCUAUAACAACCUUUCAUGUUCAAACCUUAUUCUUCACUUGCAAAUAUGCCUACCACAUGGGUUCACCACAGAAUCAUUAAAUGGCUUACCCUUGACAAUCACUAGCUUUGGAAACACUUUAUUCCGAUAAUCUGGGGAACUUGUAAAGCAUGGGAAAUUUUCUGCCUUUCAUCAACUUGUCCAGACCUAUGGUUGGGUACAGGCAGCCUACUGUUAGUUGGUCAGUUUCACCCACCAAAAUUAAAUCAGUCAUGUGGCACUAAGUUGUAUGAGGCCUGUUGCAGUAUUGAUGAUGAACAACUCUACUGCUCUUAUUUUGGAAACGAGGUUAAUACAGUGCGAUAUUGAUGGCUCCAAAGAAUAUUCAGAGCUUCAGAAGAAUUGUGAAUUAUAGUCAAACAUUAUAUAUCAAUGCCAGGAUGUAAACAGUCUCAUAAAGGUUGAGCAUCCUGUAUCCAAAGAUCCAGAACUUUAUUCAACAACUGGACGUCACAAACAGAGAAUUCCAUUUUCUCACAAUUCCUGCUGUCAGCAGUUCCUUGGAAUAAGUAGUCUCAAGCGCUGCACCAUUUUUCACCUCUCUUUGAGGUGUAGUUCUGUGGUGUUGCAUAUUCAUCAUCCCUUGUAUCUGUAAAUGAAUAAAUGGAACACCUUA